AAAAACGGCUAAAGUCGUAAUAGAUAACAGCAGGUAAAGUUUGAGUAGGGUUCUCGCAAAAGAACCAACCUCCCGACCCAAACUAAAAAAAAGAAGUAAAUAUAUCAAGAGGAUAGCGCGGGAAUUCGGGAACUUAUCAACAUACGAGCACAAUAGGAAAAAGAAUAAGAAAUGAAGGUCACCAUCCCUGAGAUAUCUUGGCAUAAUCGAGACCCGGUGCUGGCACUUGAUGUUCAGCCAAAGACACGAGAUGGAAUUUAUCGAUUAGCAACAGGAGGGACAGAUACUCAUGUUGUAAUAUGGCAGUUGAGGAUAUUGGAUAAUGGAGGGAUUAGUGUGGAGAUGCUGAGUGAUCUUACACGACACAGCAGAGCUGUUAAUGCUGUCCGGUUUUCCCCAGAUGGAGAGCUUUUAGCUACUGCAGAUGAUGAGGCAGCAAUCAUCUUGUGGAAGAAACAGGAAUUAGUUGAAGGAGACAUAUUUACAGAGGAUUCAGAUAAGGAAAAUAAAGAACUUUGGGUAAUACACAAAAUGCUUCGAGGUCAUUUAGAAGAUGUCUACGAUAUCGCUUGGUCUAAGUGUUGUCAGUAUUUAGUUUCUGGUGCAGUGGACAAUACUGCAAUAUUAUGGGAUGUUAGUAAAGGCAGACAUAUUUCAAUUUUAAAAGAACACAAAGGUUUUGUACAAGGUGUUACAUGGGAUCCAGCCAACCAGUAUAUUGCCACUUUAUGUUCUGACAGGUGCUGUAGAAUAUACAGUUUUGGUACUAAGAAAUUAAAUUACAAAAUUGACAAAGCCUCCUUACCAGUGGUGGAUUCUGAGGGUAAUAUAACUGAAAAGGUAACAAAGUUAUUUUAUGAUGACACCUUGAAAUCAUUUUGCCGUCGCCUCUCUUUUUCACCUGAUGGAGAAAUAUUGCUUGCACCAUCUGGCAUUGUAGAAGAGGAUGAUGGCAAGACUACCAAUGUUACUUAUGUUUUUUCAAGAUAUAAUUUUGCAAAACCUGUGCUGUAUCUGCCAACAAAGGACAAGUAUACUGUUGCUGUUAGAUUUUCCCCAGUCCUCUAUGAACUCAAGCCAUUGAAGAAGGAAAAGUCCCAGGAAGAAAUGGAAACUGAAGAUCAAGAUGAAAAGGUCAGUGGCUCAGAAGAAUGGAGAAACUAUGCAAAUCUUCUUGAUUUACCCUACAGAAUGAUAUUUGCUGUAGCAACUCAAAAUGCAUUGUUCCUUUAUGAUACACAGCAACCUGUUCCAUUUGCUAAAAUUUCAAAUAUGCACUACACACGUUUGAGUGAUGUUGCAUGGUCUUCAGACGGGCGCAUUUUGGUUUUGUCUUCAACAGAUGGCUACUGUUCCCUGGUUUCAUUCAGUGAUGGAGAACUUGGGGUACCAUACAAAAAGACUAAAGAUAAAUCUCGUGAGAAUCAGAAAAACGUAGAUGACAUUGAAAUGGAAUCUGUAGAUUCACCAUUGGAUAAGGAAAAGGUCCCAAGUUCCCAUGGAACACCAACCAGUAAAAAUAACUCCCCAAAGCCAGCUACAAUAAAGAAAUUGACUGUCAGUGGUAAGACUGGUAAGAGAGUCUCAUUAACAACAUUGUCUAAUAGCAGCCAAAAGACCAGUGGAACUUCACAGUCAAGUACAUCUAAGGAGCAAAAUGUAGAUAUACAGGAACCAGGCAUGGAUGUUGAGAUGAAGAGUCCAGACAAAUCAACUAGUUCCCCAGCAAAGACCCCUACAAGGUCAUCAAAGAGUCCUCGUCACUUAAGUUUAACCACACUUUCUAGUCCAAAAGAUAAAAAGAAAAGUUUAGGUAAAGAUUCUCCAGAAAAAGUAAAAGCACCCAUUACUGCAGAAGGAGAUAAUGACAGUCCAACAAAGGCAGCUAAAGACAGCCCCUCACAAGCAGGAACUCAGAGAACCCCAAGGAGAAUACCACUAACCACAGUAUCCAGUCCUAAGGGUAAAGCCAGAAGUGAUGACAAAUCACCAGUAAAGACAACGCCAAAAACUCCAAGGCGAAAACCUUUGACAACAGUUUCAAGUCCAAAGAAUGACAGGGUUGCAGAGGUAAAAUUAGAUGAGGAGGUAACCAAGAGAUUUGAGGGUGAUAAUGAAAGUCCUAUAAAAUCCACAAGAAACAUUUCUCCUGUGAAAACACCAACAAGCAAGGCCAAAACUCCACGUAGAGUUUCACUAAUUACUCUUUCUAGCCCCAAGGGAAAAAAGAAAUUAAUCAGUGAUUCAAGAUGAUAGGUGAGCUGCAAUUAAUUUUUCCAAUCGCAGUUGUAUCAUUUGGUGGCUGACAGACAUUUCCAUGAAAUGUGCUCUUAGAAUUGCCUAAUUGUUUUAGGGUCAGCUCCUGAAUAUAUACAGUAUUUUCUUUUAUUAAGUUAUUAUGAUUGUUUAAAGAAGGUAAACUUUAUUGGUGAAAGGCUUUUUAGCUUUUCAAAGUUGUCUUGUGAGCCUUAGCAUUUUUGUUUAUAUCUUGGUCUUUCCUGUUUCCAUACUAACUGUAUAUUACAAUGAGAAGUUGUCACUUUGAGAGCUUUUGAAUGUAAAACAGUUGGCUUUAAUCAUAUAUUGCCUGUAUAUAUGAAGGGUGGCUUUUAGCUGUAGGAUUUACCCAAGGUUGUCUCAAUGAUUCAGGAUUGAUAUUCAUAAUACUGAUACCCUUGAAAAUACAUACAUGCAACAAGAACACUCAAUUCUUGCCCUUAUGUGAGUGUCACAGGUGACUUGCUUAGGGAUACCAAGUGAGGAGAAUCAUUACACAAAGAAGAGGUGCAAGCUGAAUCAUAUUAAAUGUUUUAGUGUAGAUAAAGAAUUUAUCAGUAGUAAAUAGCAGCAGGAAAAAAUACCUCAGGAAUGUUUCAGACAGUUUCUGUUCAUCAAACAUAAAUUUUAGUUGCAGAAAAUAACUGUUCAUCAAGUAUUUACCUGGUGGUUCAAUCUGUGAUACAAAUUUUGUUGGCUUAAUGUCUGCUUCAUGGAAGAUCAAGGAUGCUUUGACUAUAUAACUAUUUUUGUAGGAAAUAAUGUAUAAGGUAAGCUAGAUUUUUUAUCUUAAAUUUAUCCAAUAUAUGAAAGUAGAAUUCUUGUUAGCACUUCUGUGCAAUGAAGCAUUUUGAAAGAAUCAGUUUUGCAUGUAAUUGUAAGAAAAAUAGACUUUUCCCUUUUAAACUAAGGAAAUUAUUUACCAAUUAUUAAUUCAAAUAUCCAUCUAUGGUGUCUGCCAAAAAUCUAGGUUAGGUGUUACUUCAUAAAACAAUUUUAAUAGAGAUAUUUCUUUGCAUCAAAGUCUUUGUAUUCUUUUAUUCUGUGAUGAUUUUUUUUUCAAAGGAAAAUUUAGUUUUUUUUAACUAGAAUUUAAUGUUACCACUUCUGGAUGUUCAGAUUUUUCAUAAUAUAAGUUUAAGUAAACUUCAGUGUUUCGGUUGAGUAAUUAUUGUAAUGAAAUAUGCUCACCAUUUAUUCCUAAAAGAGCACCACAUUGAAAUAAUAAUAUCCAGGCUUGGAAUUUGUUACACACUUGACUUGGGUAUUUAGUGAACAGUGCUUACAGUAAAACAUGUUUUGUCAUUGUCUAGUAUAUAACUAACAACAAAA